AUGAGUAAAUGGAAGGAAAAACGCUCCUCGGACGGGUCUUUUGUCGGGAAAAGGGCAGCCGCGGAGCCUCGCUGGGAGAGCAGACCCUCCAGAAAUCAGGAUUUGGAGCCUCAGCGGAGGUCCCCGGCUCAGGCCGGCACCUGGCCGCCUGACGGCUCUCUCUGGGCGCACCACAGGCUUCACAGGAGACCAGUCUAUGUGUCUUUUGUCACCAAGGCCAUCCUCUGGGAUAGAGGAGUCUGCCACUACACCGUUCACAAUCGUCCAAUUCGUCGUCCCUCUCCGUGCCCACGUUUCCUCUCCCACAUGAAAGCUCGUCCUGAGGACUUCCAUCCUCCUCAUUUCCUGACCUCCGAGUCCAGGCGGUUGCUUCCACCUGAGGACAGAAUCCAGAUGACACACUCUGUCACUGCCCCCGACGCCCACACGCUUAACGGAUACCUGCAUUUGAACCCGGGCAGAAAGCUGAAUGGCGCCCACCGUGAGGCCUUGAUUGACAGACGGCGCUCUUCUUCUUCUGCUCUCCCUGCUACCCCGCCACCGUCCAGUUUCAGCUCAACUCCCUCCCGGCAACGCUCCCCUCUGCCCGACUCUGGGAGAGCAGAAAGCAGGCCGCUCCCUCCUCCAUCGCCCGUCCACCACCCUCCUCUCCACCCCUCUCCUCCACAGCGGAAAGACGAAGACUUUGAGAGGGAAAAGCUGCCGCAGCCCGUCCUGCUGGAACCAGACUCAGAGCCGGACUCAGGGCCGGACCUCAGACCGGCCGGGUCCACCCGCCCGGCGUCACUGGCCUCCCUCUCACACGGGUCCUUUUCCGAUCUAAGCCGCCCACCUUCCAGUUUGUUCAGCCGGAGCACAGACCUCUCCAGUGGCAGGAGCAGUGCUCUGAGCCAUUCCACUCCCGAAUAUGUGAUGGAUUCAGGACGAGAGGGAGGCAAUCAUUGCUCCCCGGCUCAGUUUUCCACUGUGAUGCAGGUACCUCGGCUGUAUGCCUCCUCUGUGGGAUCAAACCGUAGGUCCUUAGAGACAAAUACCGCCCCCAGCCCUCCACAAGAUGAGCCGCUUUGCGUCUCUCCAAACCCCCCGAUGACCAGCCUCCGACAUAAAUCAGAAAAACCUGUGAGCAGCAGGAGCAGAAACACAGCCGAGAACCUCCAACCAGACCUUCCGGCAGAUCCCAGCCUCAAACUCUCCCUGUUUCGUGAUCAAGGCGGUGCUACGCUCGCGUUUCCCUCCACCUCUUGGUCUUCCUGCCCCAGCCCGCAGAGGAGCGGUCAGCGCUCAGAUUUGGGGCCGGUGCUGACCCCUUCUCCUCCGACUUCCCGCCUGGACUCGCGCCGCUGGCCCGUCCUGCCUCCCAUCUCCCCUGUCAGAGGACGCUCAGCAGCAUCACGCGGUUCUGAACUCAGCUGCAGUCAGUCUCGCAUGUUUGACGAACUGGAGGCCAUCGCCCCUCUUUCGGCCUCCUGUUCGUCUCUGGACCAGCCCUCAGACUCAUCAGCCUCGCCCUCACCUGCUACAGAUUUAUCUCCGGGCCUUGCAGCACUUACGGUGGGUUGUGAGUCUGGAAAUCUGGGCUCCCUGUCCCGGGUGCAGCUGCUCCUCCUGGACCGCCAGAUGCCUGAGACCCUGCUGAGCCCUUUUGGCGUGGAGGAGGCCUUCUCCCCGACGCAGGACUGGCCUGAUGAGAUGAUGAACUACAGUGAUCCAGGCGAUUCGGCCGGCGGCGGCGUGGCCGGAAGGUGGGACUCAGAAGAGGAAGUCCGGGGAUGCAUAACGGACUGGUCUGAAGGAGGUUCCGGGUCACCAUCGUCUUGGAUCAUAGACCCGAGUCCAUCACCCCACAUGCUCAGAGCUUCUGAAUCUCCAUGCCAGUCCAAUCACGGUAUUCACUCAAAUAACGGGAGCCCCACUGAGGAGGAGCCCAUUCAUCCGGGAACGAGUGACCAGGUCCAGAGGAGGCCCAAGAGCCCGGAGCGUGGAGCAGAAGAGAGAGACCGACAGGCGGAGGAGAGAAAAAUAAAGGUGCUGAGCAUGCUGUCCAAACUGCAGGACAGCACGCCCCGACAGAGCAAAACCACCAAAAGGCACUCCAACUUCGAAGACUUCGACUUUUUGGCAAAGUACUGCAUUUUCAGUCAGGAGAAGCUGGCGGAGUACAAAAGAGCUUUUGAAGCAGAGGACAGCAAUGGCGACGGCUACAUCUCCUGCCUGCAGGUUCUACUCGCCCUCAAGACCAUUACUCCACCCGAGCUGCUCUCGGACGAGGAGGAGAUCUACGUCUACAGGAUCUUGGAGAUGGUGGACUUCAGAGUGACAGAUGGGCUGGUGGACCUGAGGCUAUUUGCUGUUAUCGCAAGCCUGGCGCAGAAAAUAGCCUCCAUGGACUUCCUCCUGACAGCAGUGAGUGGAGCCAAGGCCACUCUGGAGGUCCCCGAGGGGUCAAGGCCUGCACCCGGAGCCCUCACCCCGGAGUGA